CGAGGAACCUCCUAUCCAAGGAUUAUGAAACGGAGUCGCCGCGAGCUUCUCCGAAUCUAAGAAGGGACGUGUGAAUUCCACACCAGACCAUGGACUCCCCGCAACUCCCAAUUUUAUAUCAUUAGCGCAGGGCCCAGGAGAUGCAGGCGGGAGAUUAGCGGCUGCAUUUAUGUUCUCCCGUUCGACUUCUAUACCGACAGUCCUUCGGCAAAAAAAAAUUCGAAGAGCAAGCCAGGGACUGGUCGACUAACAUCAAACGACAGAUGACGCCUUAAAAUGUCUAACGACGACAACCAGACGCUGCUCUCGCUAAUUGGCGCAUACGAUAACUUCGAUGAGCCGGUGCCAGUAUGGAAUAAUAAAGCCACGAUCUUAGGUAUCGUGAUUACCUUCUUAGUAGUUUCUGUGAUAUGUAUCUUAUUCCGACUCUACACUCGGCUGUUCAUCGUUAAAAGCCCAGGCUGGGACGAUGUUUUUGUGUUCCUAUUCAUGUUGUCAGGAGGAACAGGCUCAGUAUUCACAUGCCUAAUGACACAAUAUGGCCUAGGCAAACACUUCAUCCUUCUCACCGACUACGAGAUAGACCGUUAUCUCACGAGUUUCUACAUCGCCAACGCAACCUAUUCCAUGUCGACGAUGCUGAUGAAGCUGUCCCUCCUGUUCCAGUACCUUCGAAUCUUCAAGCAAGGGACUUUCCUUAGACGUUUCACCAUCGUCAUGAUCGUUGUAAUCGCUCUAUGGGGAGCCGCCUUCAGCUUCAUCUCGUGGGUCCCCUGCUUCCCAAUUGCAGGAUAUUGGGACUUGACGAUCUCGGCAAAGUGCUAUGGAUAUGGCUCACCAUAUGCCAAAGAAUUUGCGCAAACGUUUGAAACCCAUGCCGGGAUGAACAUGAUCUUCGAUAUCAUUGUGCUCGGCAUUCCAAUCUCGAUAUACUUCGAGAAGGGAUCGUCAGCGGGUACGCGGAUGCGACUUCUAGGGUUGUUUGCAAUGGGCACAGUGGUUAAUAUCUUCGGCAUCUUUCGACUCGUCACCAUCGUCGAACACAGAGCGUCAUCAUUCCCGACUUUCGAUCCAACCUGGUAUGCUCCCGUCUCCGUCGUGCAGGCAUGCCUCGAGGUUGACGCGGCAUCGAUAUGUGCCUCUAUGCCCGUAUUCUGGCCCAUCCUUAGCGCCAGCUACGAUAAAAUCUUUGUAACGCGGGAAGUCACCAUCACACACUCGCACAGGCGGCUCUCCGAGUCGGGCGAGAGCAAUGAGUACGGAGAUAAUGUGGAGCUGCAACCCCGAAACAGCGGGCAGGACAGCGAAGUGACGCGAGGCAGCACCGUGCACAGUCAGAAGUCGGAGAAGAAUGCUCAUUACAUGGAUUCGUACAUAUUGGAGCAAGUCGAUCCGUUGCGGGCCGAGCGAAGGGCGGGUGUGGAAGCUAGUAUUACCGCAGAGAGACAGCUCAAGAAAAAGAGCUCUCUGUUUCUUGGGCAUGUCUCAAGUAGAUAAUGAC